AUUAUUAAACUAUUUUGUUUCUAUUUGUUUUUAUUUUAGGGGCGGAGGCCCCUACUUGAUUAAUUCGAAAAGCUCUGAAUUUUGGAAUUUUCUCGAAUUUUCCUUGCAUCGUCCGCAACAGGUUGCUGUCGUAAAAACGGAAGCCACGAUUCAAAAUAAUCAUCAGUCGUCAUACAGUCAAAUAUUGAAAGCGAAAAUAGUUUUUGUACAACGAACUUCAAGCAGGAAUGUCAGCAUUAUUCGCAAAAUACAAAAGAUGGAUCGAGGUCAGCUUUGGCAGAGUGUGCUGUUCGUCAAAACCAAGUUGGAUUUCAAUCGUUAUCAUAAUUCUGUCAUUAUACAACAAAGCAGCUGUCCACGCAGGGCCUCAGCUGGUUGGUCCACCUAACCCCAUUGUUGCUGUAGAGGGUGAUGAUGUCAUCCUGCCGUGUUCCCUGGAACCUCCCAUCAAUGUUGAAAAUGUGCUGUGGUCCAGACCUGAUCUUAGUUACAAGUAUAUACACGUUCUGCAAGAUGGCCGUUACGUGUUGAACCUGAAGAACCCGUCCUAUAGAAACAGGACGGCUCUGUUUAAAGAGGAACUGAAGAAGGGCAACGUCUCCCUGAAACUGUCCAGAGUGAGGCUGGAGGAUAAGGGGAACUACACCUGCCUUGUUCCUCAUUUUUCUCAGCUGAAAACUGUCAGUCAACUCAUUGUUGGAGAGUCUCAGCUGAUUGGUUCAACAGACCCCAUCGUUGCUGUAGCUGGUGAUGAUGUCAUCCUGCCAUGUUUCCUGGAACCUCCCAUCAAUGCAGAGAACCUGACAGUAGCAUGGACCAGACCUGACCUGAACCCUAAAUAUGUACAUUUCUAUCGGGAUGGUCGUAAAUUACAUGAUGGGAUGAAUUUAUUUUACAAAGACAGGACCAUGCUGUUAGAAGGAGAGCUGAUCAGGGGCAACGUCUCCCUGAAACUGUCCAGAGUGGAGCUUAAGGAUGAUGGGAACUACACCUGCCUUGUUAUUAAGGACGGACAGAAGAAGGAGACUGUCAUCCAGCUCAGUGUUGUGGAGGUCUCUAAACCAGAGGUCUCCAUCCAGGAAGCCAGAGAAGAUGGGAUGGUUCUCAAGUGUGUGUCUGGAGGCUGGUACCCAGAACCUGAGCUGGAGUGGAGGGACAGUGAGGGACGCCUCCUCCCUGCUGAUGUCACACAGACAGACAGACUCCCUGACCCCGGCCCUCACCAACGCUACACUGUGACAAGCAACGUGACUGUACAGAAGACAGACACCAACAGGUUCACCUGCAGGGUUCAUCUGCAGAGACUCAACCAGAUCAGGGAGACAGAGAUCCAUGUUCCUGAUCAUUUAUUUCAGCUGAAAGAUAUAAGCUCCUCUGAUUUCAAAGCUGAUAUAAUUCUUGGAGUUCCUGGCGUCUUGGUAAUACUACUGGUAGUAGCAGCAGCAGUAGCAGCAGCAGUAUGUUGGAAGAAACGUACAGCAGGCAGUAAAGAAAUAAAUAGUCCAACAAACACUCUCACAACCCUAAACGAAACACCCUUGAUGCUGGAGGAGAGGGUGAUAAAGAAUGAGAAGAGAAGAGGAGGAGAGAGGAGCGUAGGACUCCAAACUUAUGAAUAAUUAUGUAA